UUUUAUGAGGAAAUAGGAUAAGAUGGUGAAAUAUGUUUUAGUGGUGGAAAUGCAUUAGAUGGAGGGACAGUGUUUAGUUUUGGUCAUCUGUGGAUGGCAUCUUGUAUCCCAAAUUCUGUGUCAUUCCAAGGAUGGAAGACAAGCCCAUAUUGCUUAUUCGGUUGGAACAUAGGCAGAAAAAGAGUUGAUGACAAACCUCAGACAAAAUACCAUGAUAUUGAUCUCACUUUCUCAACUUCUCUUCUUGACAAAACAUUUUUGAAAGGUAAGGAACUGAAAUGCUGCUACCGAGCAACUAUUGAUGGAUUUAGUGCAACAGAUUUCCACCAAUAUUGUGACUUUAAAGGACCAUGUGUAAUAAUAGGAUAUACAAACAAGUCUUUCAAGUUUGGUGCAUUUAAUCCUGAAGGAUACAGAAGCACAGAUGAUUACUAUGAUACAUUUGAUCCCUUUCUAUUUUAUUGGACAGAAAAUAAAACCGAACCCAUUAUUUUGCCCAAAGUAGGUGGAAGUGGUGCAGCUCUGUUUGAUUAUGCUCGUGGUGGGCCACAAUUUGGGGCAGAUGGGCUUCUUAUUGGGCCCCCAUUAGCACCAGUUAUGGGUGGAUUUGCUGGGCCUGAUACUAAUUCUGGUGUUGGUGACUUAACACAAGCUAAGUCUAGAUUGGGAUUGUCUUAUGCCAAAAGAGAGGAUGGAAAGGAAUCUAUUUUUGGUGAUGAGUCUAGAGCAACUAUUCAGGAAGUAGAAGUGUUUUGUAGCCCCAAAAUUGCAAGCUUAUACUAGAACUUCAUUAGGGGCAAGGAAUACUAUACUAUAAACUCCCUCCUAAGUGAACUAUAACAAAAAAUAAUAUUUGAAAAAUUGAUGUAACUCGUCUAAAAUUCGAUAAGAUAUUAUUAUUUUUUUUGCAUAUA